AUGGUCAACCGUUACCUCAUUACAAUCGCUCUUAGCGCUGCUCUAUCUGGAAUCGCCACUGCCAGAAACUGCGGCGUAGGUUACUACUACUGCGGCUCCAAUCUCCUCAGCAAAGGUGAUUACUACGCAGAUAUCAUCGGGGCUUUGGAGGAUGCCGAAGAACCAACUGAUGAGGAUCAUGUCGAAAAUUCCUUGUUCCUUUGCAAAGGGCCAGACGACGUGCCGUUUGUAGAGUAUUGUGAAGACGGAUGUGACAAUGAGGGAGCGGGAUCAAGCGACACCUGCAACUAG